AUGCAAACUUCAAUUGAUUUACCUUCCCCUUUAGGCAUCGUCUAAACUUCUUCUAUAACAAGCACUGGCAAAAUAUUAGGUCCUGAUUACGAAUAACAUUUACAGAGUGCAGCAAAAAGAAGUGAACAGGAUAAAUUAUUUAGAAAGCAAAAUCAGAUGAAUGAUAUAGAGGAAUUUGAAGCAAUGGAAGUUUAGAAUGGAAAUUAGACAUCAUUAAUAUAUUAUUAUAAGGCCUUGAAAUUGGAUGAAGAAAUAUAGCAUAACGAAGAAUAAAUUAUUAACAUUGUUAAUAUUAGACAAAAAUUAGGAAUGAUAGAGGGAUACCUAAUGAAGAAAAGUCCUCAUUGGUUUUAAGGGUAUUCAUAGAGAAAUUGUAUAUUAAAAAAUAGAGUAUUUAGAUAUUAUGAUUGCGAAAAUAAGAAACUUUAAGGAGUUUUAAAUUUUGAUGUUUAGUCAUUUUAAUUAUAAGAAUUAUAGGAUAAAAAUGGAAAUACAGUAGAAUUUAUGUAUAAAUAUCACUAUUCUAAUAGUUUAAAGCCUUUGGGUUAAACAUAAAAAGUAUUUCAGUUCAAAGGAGGUACAGUAGACUAAACAAAAACUUGGAUUUAAUUGAUAAAAUAACAUCUCUAAGAUUCAAUUGGGUCAUUAAAGGUUUUGAAAUCAUUAAGUUCAUAUGAAUAUUUUUGGAGAGUAUUAUGAUUAUAUUAAUUUGAGUUUGAACGCAUUUCAUCAUUACAAAUUAUGGAGGAUGCUGAAGAUGGAGAUAUAUUACUAUUUUAAGGGAAAGAUAUAAAUUGUCAUAUUUAAAGAACCUUAACACAAUCUAAUUUUGAUCACAUUGGAAUUUUUAUACGUUUAAAUGAAAAUUAAUUGUAUUUAUUUGAAGCAUUACCAUUACAUGGAGUUGGUUUAUGUCGUUGGAAUAAAUUUAUUGUUUGUAAAUGGAAUUAUCUAUAUCAUAAGUAUAAUAUAAUUUAAUUUUAGAGUUAUUUAUAGAAAAUUAUAAGUUAAUAGAGAUGAAAAUUUUAAAUCAAGGAUACAUGAAUUUGUUACUGAUAAUAUUGGUAAAUAAUAUUCAUUUAAUCCUGCUAAAUUAUUCAAAUUUAAGUCAACAAUGCUUCAAGAUCCAUAAUAAUAAUAAACAAGAACGUUUUUUUCUUCUGAACUUGUAGCAGCCUGUUAUAAAUAUUUGAAUCUAUUGUCAAAAGAAGUUUCAUCCACAUAAUAUUCACCAGGGUCUUUUUCAUAAGACAAUCAAAAAUUAUCUUUAUUAUAUGGAAGUUUAAGUGAAGAAUAUCUUAUAGAUUUUGAGGGUGAAUGA